AUGCACAAUCAUCAUUCGGCUGCAUUUGAUGGAAAGAAGUCUCCUCAGGAGUUGGUUUUGCAGAGACCAUUGACUGAGUGUGCAUCCACGUUGAUCGGGAUGACGUAUGAAGAAGACUUCCUUAUCGAGAUUCGUGGAACAGCUUACUUGUAUCCAGAAGUUGGUGGAUUGACCCAUGUGGUGAGUUCACUGGUGAAUGGGACGCCGCAUCACUACCGGGCGAAGUCGAUAAAGCACAUCACUCCUCUGAAGGUUGGGGUUGAGCAUUGUGGACAUUUGCUCAAGGCCUAUGAUCCUAGCGAUACAUUGGCACCUCCCAUCUUGAAAGAGUUGGAUGAUGGGAUACCUUCUGAAGUAGAGGGUGAAGUCGACAAAGCCUUCGAAGGAAAGGUGUCUCAAGGACCUACCACUGACAUGAGUCAGGUAGGACCACCAGCAGCUUGGGUACGAGAGCAUGGAGGAACGCCUGGAUGUCCAGCGUGUGGUGAGAAGCGUGGAAAAGCCAUUCACAAUGCUGCUCGCAAACGGCGGUGUGAUAAGUGGUUGAAGGACCAACGUGAGAGGUUGGUUGGUGAAGGGGAGCAAGGGUCGGUUGAAGGUGAACCUGGAUCAGGAUCGACCGCGGCUCCGAAGGUUUCUUCAGAAGCAAGAAGCUCUGAGGAUGCGGGGGAUCCGAGUGUUCCUUAUGAACAAAUUCCAGAUGAGGAGAUGUCUCCGGGAUAUUUUGAGGGUGAACAGCCUAUGGAGAUUGACAAAGGAGUGGUUGACGAGGCUGCACCCAUGAGUGUUGAGCUGUUGGAGUCACUUCAUCCAAGAUUGGAUGCCCCAGAAGGUUUUACCAGUGCCGGUGAGGAACUUGGUGCGCCGAAGCUGGCUAAAGUGGCGAAUGCGGUUCUGAUUGAGAAGAACACUGUGUUUCCAGAACCGGUCCAGAUGUGUGGAUCCAAAGUUUGGUUGGCGAAGAUGAAGAGUGCGUUGUCUGAGCUGGAUGGGUGUCCAUUGGACGUGUCGUCAGCUAUGGAGGGUCGACGUACUGAGCUUGGAAGCAUGGAUUCACAUAAAGCAGGAAGGAUUGUGUCUGCUGAAGAGGCACAUUCGUUUGCCAAGAAGCAUGGGAUCAGGAUCAUGUUUGCACUCUCCGUCGCCCCUUUUUUGGCUGCGCUGCUGGUAGUAAAGCAGUGUGUCCCGUCGUUUCGACGGUGCAGACCCCAAGCUGGAGCUCCAUCCCAGAAAAGGCUUUAG